GUUCUCAGUGCGAAACCCGCAGAAAGCUGCGAACUUUCCUACGUCCCGCCGGCCGGCCCUCAUCCGGAGCCGUGAGCGGAGCAUGGAGCGCUCAGGUACCGCUCGGGACUCGGCUGCACCCCUGGAGCGAGGAGAUGUUGCAAGAAGGGACGUGGCAAUUCUGUACGGAGAGGACGCUGGUGAGUGGAGUGUCUACUUGAAGGAUGAGUUGUUGCAACAUCUGGACCCAGAAGGUGUCUGCAGUUUCCAGAUCGGCCUGCUGAAGGACUUGCAGACUGCUGCCCACACACUGGCUGACUACAGGUGCAAGUUUCUGGUCCUGACCUUGGGACUCCUGGACGCACUGGACAACCCCAGGAGCCAGCUGCUCGGCAAAGUUCUCCAGCCUCCUGCCGCAGUGCUGCUGCUUCUCUGUGGAGUUCCCAGCUCUGACGACUUCUACAAAGUGCUGCCUGUGGAGAGCAGGUUCCAGGAGGUGUCAGCUGAGCAGGAGCCUUGGGAAUACGUCUCGAUGGUCAUCAGCAUUGCCGAGUCAGAUCCCAUUCCAGUACCAGAUCUUCGCCCAGAGAUGGAGGUGACAGAGGAUCUCACUGACGUGCUUGUUAACCCUGACGACUUCACAGAGCCUCUGCUAGUGAUGCCCACCCAAAUCCCAUGUGAAAAUGUGACGAAGAUAUACCUGUUCCUGAAAGACCACCUGUCCCUCGAGGAGAGGCCUGAGGUUGAGUUUGUGACAGGCAUCCAGCAAAUAAAAGUGCAAGCCAGCAUGUUGAACAGCCAAACAGUUUGCGUCCGAUCUGUGGAGCUCCCCGCUGGCCCUGUGAUACUGAAGCUCCACUGCCGACAAACCCUCCUGGGCAGCGCCCAGGUGAUCUACUUCAGCCCAGUGGAAAAGAUUAAACGUCUGCUGCACAAGGUUACUGAUCCCAUCCAGUUUAUCUGCCAGGCAUUCCAGAUUUCCACCCAGACCCAACUGGAUGAACUACUCACCAAGUCACUCCAGAAUUCCCUGCCUUCCAGUAGGAUCGGAGCAUUUCAGAGCAUCGGAACCGAUAGCCAUUCUCCUGCACACUAUGGGGAUUAUGAGUGUCCAACAUUGCUCCACUUUGCCGCCAAGAACGGGUUGAAACGCCUCACCAUCCUGCUCCUCGACUGCCCUGGGGCAAAGCAAGCCUCAGCCCUCCUCAACAGCCACGGAGAGGGGCCGGGGGAGGUGGCCAAGAGGUACGGCUUCCAGCACAUCCACGAACUGAUGGAUAGAUUCAUGGAGUCAACGCAGAUGGUGGAGAACCAGAAUGGGAAGUGGCUCGAACCCUCCCAGGGGCAAGAGGAUGAAGAGAACAUUUAUGAGAAGAUGAGUGGCCUGCUGAUGGCAGCAAACAAGUUUGAGGGAGUAUCCAAGUUGGAGGAGAUGGUCCGCAAGGAAGAUCCCUACACCCUGUCAGUGGACAAGGAAGACCAGUACACCACAGGGAUACCCAAGGAAGACCGAUACACCACAGGGAUACCCAAGGAAGACUGGUACACCACAGGAAUACCCAAGGAAGACCGAUACACCACAGGGAUACCCAAGGAAGACUGGUACACCACAGGAAUACCCAAGGAAGACCGAUACACCACAGGGAUACCCAAGGAAGACUGGUACACCACAGGAAUACCCAAGGAAGACCGAUACACCACAGGGAUACCCAAGGAAGACUGGUACACCACAGGAAUACCCAAGGAAGACCGAUACACCACAGCGGGACCCCAGAAAGUCCACGACACCACAGCAGUGGACGAAGAAGACCCCUACACCCUGGUGUUGGGUGAUGAUGACCAUUACACCACAGCAAGACCCAAGGAACGCUGCCACACUGUGGAAUUUGAUAACAAUGACUACACAACAGUGGUACCCAAAAAAGACUGCAAUACCACUGCAGUGGACGAAGAAGACCCCUACAUCCUGGUGUUGGGUGAUGAUGACUGUAAAACCACAGAGAGACCCAAGGAAGACCGGUACAGCACAGCAAGACCCAAGGAACGCUGCCACACUGUGGAAUUCGAUAACAACGACUACACAACAGUGGUACCCAAAAAAGACCGCAUUACUACUGCAGUGGACGAAGAAGACCCCUACACCCUGGUGUUGGGUGAUGAUGACCGUAACACCACAGCAAGACCCAAGGAACGCUGCCACGCUGUGGAAUUCGAUAACAAUGACUACACAACAGUGGUACCCAAAAAAGACCGCAUUACCACUGCAGUGGACGAAGAAGACCCCUACAUCCUGGUUUUGGGUGAUGAUGACCGUAACACCACAGCAAGACCCAAGGAACGCUGCCACGCUGUGGAAUUCGAUAACAAUGACUACACAACAGUGGUACCCAAAAAAGACCGCAUUACCACUGCAGUGGACGAAGAAGACCCCUACAUCCUGGUUUUGGGUGAUGAUGACCAUAACACCACAGCAAGACCCAAGGAACGCUGCCACACUGUGGAAUUUGAUAACAAUGACUACACAACAGUGGUACCCAAAAAAGACCGCAAUACCACUGCAGUGGAGGAAGAAGACCCCUACAUCCUGGUGUUGGGUGAUGAUGACCGUAACACCACAGAGAGAUUCAAGGAAGACACUGCGAGACCUAAGAAACAUUGCCACACCAUGGCAUUCGAUGAUGACCGCUAUACCACAGUGGUACGUAAGAAACAUCACCACCCUGCGGAGGCAGACGAAGAAGACCCCUACACCCUGACUCUAGAUGAAGACCUGUGCACCACAGUGGUACCUAAGGAAGGCUGCUAUACCAUGGCAGAAGUUGGGGAAGUCCCUGGAAUCCCGGCAUUGGGCAAGGAAGGCCUAUAUGACAUGGUGAUACCCAAGCAAGACAGAUACACUGCAGCAGUAACCAAAAGAGACUGCUACGCCAGAGCAGUAACGAAGGACGACUGCUACACCGGGACGGUAACCAGGGAAGACCGCUACACCGGGACGGUAACCAGGGAAGACCGCUACACCGGGACGGUAACCAGGGAAGACCGCUACACCAGGACGGUAACCAGGGAAGACCACUACACCGUGGACAACCCAUAUGAUUACAUUCUGCCACAGCGGAAGAGCAGCUCAGACGCUCGGAAGGAGAGUCGGCCUCCAGCACCCAUCCCUCGGCCUGUCAUCUUGUCGGAGUCCGCCACUGCCCCGUUCAUAGCGCAAGUCUUUCAGCAAAGGACGGGCAGGGAGAUUAAUGAAAACAUCUAUGGGAUCAUGGCAAGAGAUAUGAAGACACAGAGAGACAGAGAGAAUAUCUACAGUUUGGCAGCACCCAUGAGACAGGCACCUGGGCCCCCCAAGUUACCAAACCUGUAUGACAAACUAUCCAACGUCCGGUAACCAGUUGUGAUUCCGGAUUCCGGGAAUGCUCUUCACCCCGCUCCACCCAGCUGAAGGAAAACUCCAGAGGAGGAAACAUUGGAUAUAUUUACCAGAGGGAAUCAAACAAAAUGAAUAUUGGGAUAGCAGUGUGUUUGCUGUCAGC